CCAGUCAUACGAUCUGUCAUCAUCCUCCGUACAAUGCGAAAAGGGAAGUUGAAAGAAGUGGGAGACGGAGACCGCGGAGCCUUAUAAGAGCCAAACCCGUAGAAGCUGUCUGGAUUCCCCCUACGCGGUUCACGGACACCCCGGUGCAACAAAGAUUACCCCGCAGACUCCAUUUGCGGCAGAUCGGUUGCUCCUGUUUAGUAGGUUCUACAGCUUUCCCUCCGCUUCGACGCUUGGGGGAAGGAAACAGACCAGAGUGACAUGGCGAGUAGAGGCGGAGCCACGAGACCCAACGGACCCAAUGCGGGCAACAAGAUUUGCCAAUUCAAACUCGUUCUUCUAGGAGAGUCGGCGGUGGGAAAGUCCAGUCUGGUACUUCGUUUUGUCAAAGGACAGUUUCACGAAUUCCAAGAGAGCACAAUCGGAGCUGCCUUCCUGACUCAGACGGUAUGCUUGGAUGACACAACGGUCAAAUUUGAAAUCUGGGACACGGCCGGUCAGGAGCGCUACCACAGCCUGGCUCCCAUGUACUACAGAGGCGCCCAGGCAGCCAUCGUGGUCUACGACAUCACCAACGAGGAGUCCUUUGUACGAGCCAAGAAUUGGGUUAAAGAGCUUCAGAGACAAGCCAGUCCGAAUAUUGUAAUAGCCUUGGCGGGGAACAAGGCUGAUCUGGCAAACAAGAGAGCUCUGGACUUCCAGGACGCACAGUCGUACGCAGACGACAACAGCUUGCUUUUCAUGGAAACGUCCGCAAAGACUUCAAUGAACGUGAACGAGAUCUUCAUGGCUAUCGCAAAGAAGCUUCCCAAGAACGAGCCGGCAGCUGCCGGAGCCAGCGGCGCCCGGAACCGGGGGGUGGACCUGACAGAGACGGCUCAGCCCGCCAGCCGCCCCUGCUGCAGUAACUAGCCCGGCUCCGCCUCCUCCUCCUCCUCACCUGCACACACGCCCCCUUCCACUCCCACCUCUCAGCCGAACAACACAGGUGGACGUCGGGCCCCCCGCCCGGCCGUCAGACCCGAUCUUCAUCCUCACUCCCCGGGAUAGCGAAAGACUCUGUAUAGCUUCAUUUCUAAUACUCUUUUGUUUAUGUUCUUUUUUUUUAAAACUUUUUUUAAGAAGUGUAUAUCAGUAUAAUGGAUGCAUGUAUCACUACACCGCCUGACGAGAAAACGACACAUUUCUAUCCUUUGGAAGACAAACCUGUUUGGGAACGACGAGCAAGCGCAAACUCUUUGUGAUCUAGCGUCCGGACCCAGGGGGGGAGCGGCCGUCACCUGCAGCAGUUCGGGGGCUUAAACGCUCAUUCACAGGGAGAGGAAAAUAACCUAGUUAACCCCCGCCACCACGAGUCGAGACGGGAACGGAUUUCUGCUCGUCCCACACGAGAUAACCCAAGAUUUUCCCAAAAGUCUGACUGAAAACAAACAAACAAAAAAGAGCUCACGUGGGGACAAAUAUUUGCCAAGGUAGUAAAGAGGAAGGGCGAAGACAGUCCAGCAUCCUCCUCAUCGAUGUUACAACAUCACCGUCUGUUCAUGUUUCCAUUCAGGCCAGAACUCCGCCCCCAUCUGUGUUGGCGGUCCGGCUCCCAAAGGGUGGAGGCUAAUAGAGCAGAUAAAUUGGAUUACUACUCUUCGUCUCAUUUAUGUGGAAACAAUAUAUAUACUCUAAUGUGGUUAUGAUAGAGUGCAAUUUUGUCUUUUCUUUGACUCCAGCUUGCAGAGCUCAUGGGCUCUCCAGGAAAUGUAUCCAGAGAUUCCGAACAAUUGUACAGUUCAGUCUUUUUUUUUUUUUUCCCCCUCUUUUUUAUGUCUUCAUGCUAAACCUUUGUCACUUUCUGCUCAAAUAUCAAACAGUGGUGAUCUUUUAGGCAUGUGUAGUGUUAUUAACCGACUCCCUCCGGUGUCUCGUCGUCACUUUGGUUUCCUCCAUGAAGGUCGGUGGGUGUGUUUGGGAGGAACUUCUACCGCGUCACAGUGUUGAUCACCUUUUAGUUGUUCGACGACCGCCCCCGGAUUUUGAUACCACGGACUGUACUGGACAUCGUUAACCUCCAGCUGUAAGCAGGUAGCAUCAUUAACCCAACCGGUGAUCUCUUCCAGCUCAAUGAAUUCUAAUGAUGUAAAACAGCAUUACUAGUGAUGGGCUGAUCAUUUUUGACUGUCUGAAAACAUCCAAUAAAGAGCUCUGAUAAAGAC